GUCAAAAAAUGGAACACACCAGCAGUGUGAGGAGACCUGAAAGUGGCACAUGGCAUGGCAGAGUGUGGCGAUGGAGACAGCAGCAAUGGGAGGCCGUACAGGGACCCAUGAGAGACUCUGGACCUGGCAGCAGCAUGAUGAGGGCGGUAUAGGGGCCCAUGGCAGAUUAGGGGCCUGGCAGCAGCUAUGGGAGGCCCGUAAUCUGCCAGCACCCUAUGACAAAAAAAAUGGAACACACCAGCAGUGUGAGGAGACCUGAAAGUGGCACAUGGCAGAGUGUGGCGAUGGAGACAGCAGCAAUGGGAGGCCGUACAGGGACCCAUGAGAGACUCUGGACCUGGCAGCAGCAUGA